AUGGAUGAUUUCGACGAGGAAGCGUUCAACAAGUUCUUUCCCUCAAGCUUCGGCAAACAGUCAAAGUCCGUCGAUGUUGACUCGCAAAUAAGCCGUUCCAAGCGGGUCGAUGUUGCGACGCCGAAGCCUGUGGCCAAUGAUCCAAGCACUCGCAAAAUAGCCCCUAGCGCACAGGCAGCAGGGAGUGCCGACGGAGAAAAGGACAGAGAUAGUGAUAGCGACGAUGAUUCAGAUGACUCGGAUGACGAUGAGGACGAGUUUCCCGUAUCGCAUGAGCUCGUUCUCAAAACCCAUGAGCGUGCCGUGACCACCAUGACCGUGGAUCCUUCGGGGGCGCGACUAAUCACAGGAUCAGCCGAUUGCACGCUGAAAAUUCAUGACUUUGCCUCGAUGACCCCGUCCACACUCCGCGCCUUCAAAUCAGUCGAUCCUUCAGCCAAGAAAACGUCCGCGGCGCAGGACACUCACGCUGUGCACCAAGUCACGUUCAAUCCGCUCGCUCCGAGUUAUGUCCUAGCUAUCACUGCCACUCCGCAGCCGCGAAUCCUCGAUCGUGAUGGUGAAGUACUCACGGAGUUUGUCAAAGGAGAUAUGUAUCUGCGGGACUUGCACAAUACAAAAGGACAUGUAUCUGAGGUUACGUGUGGUGCCUGGAGCCCGUCUGAUUUAAACCUAUGUGCCACGGCUGGAACUGAUGGCACAGUGCGCAUUUGGGAUGCCAAUAUAGGUCGCUCUCAGAGGGAGGUGAUCGUACACAAGUCGAAGGCAGCUGGCUCCGCGGGUCGGACGAAGAUGACUGCCGUCGCAUGGGGGUCCCCGAAACAAGGUGGGGCCAACGUCUUAGUGGCCGCAGGUCUCGAUGGCAGUCUCGUUAUGUGGAGUGGGAAUGGCCCAUAUACACGACCCAGCGCAGAAAUUCGGGAGGCACAUGUCCGGGAUACAUGGACAAGCGGAUUGGACAUCAGUUCCGAUGGAAGGCUUGUCAUCACGAGAGGUGGCGAUGAUACGAUCAAGCUUUGGGAUACCAGAAAGUUCAAGACCCCAGUGACCACUGUCACCCAUGCCUCGACAUCCUCCCGCUAUCCGACAUCCAACAUCCAAUUUUCUCCUUCGUCUGCAAAUGUCAUCACAGGCUCUGAAACCGGCCACCUGCAUAUCCUCAAUCCUGCUACACUCAGGCCAGAGCUUGUCACUCCUGUGACACCAGGAUCACCUUUGAUUACUGUUUUAUGGCACGAGAAGCUUAAUCAAAUCCUCACGGGCUCCGCCAAUGCCGAAACCCACGUCCUAUACAACCCGACAAUGUCCACAAAGGGUGCAGCGACAGUGAUGUCCAAGGCACCGAAGCUCCGCCACGUCGAUGAUAUCCCCAUCGCGGCGGACAUGCCGCAGGCAAUGGCAGGCGAUUCGGUUGUUGUCGGCUCCAACGGAGUCCCACAUUACAGCUCAGCAACCAUGUCUGCGCGUCACCCUACUGUUGGCUUUACAGCCUCCGGUCGUUCUAGGGACCCUCGUCGCCCGUAUUUGCCCGAGCAGACUCAAUACUCCAAGGCUACGCCCGAUGAAAAACAUAUUCGCGAAUAUAUACCCCUCAGCUCUAUGCGAGACGAGGAUCCACGCGAAGCACUUCUAAAAUACGCCGAAAAAGCAGAGAAGGAGCCCAUCUUCACGAAAGCAUAUAAGGAAACACAACCCAAGCCCAUUUACGCGGAACUGAGUGAUGGCGAAGAGCAAGGACCGGAAAAGAAGAAAGCCAGGCGAUGA